CGACAUUUUCCUUUCAAAGAAAAAUUAUUGAUUGCGCGGUGCUCGGUCGCCAUUAGUUUUAUUAAAAAUUUAGUUUUGGAUUGUAACAAAUUUAUCGAAUAUAAAGUGAAAAGUUUAGUGUGUGAAUGUCUAGUACAUGUUAACUAUACGGAAUAACAUUUAUUUGAAGUUGUUUUGUUCGAAUAGCCGGCUUGAUACAAUAAAAUAUAGGAAUCGUUCGGUGUCAGAUCAAGCUUCGCCUUUUUGCUCAUUUUCCAAACUUGAAUAAUUGACGUGCAGACGAAAUAAGUUUGUUGCCGGACCAGUCACAUUGAACCGAUUUUGUCUGUUUAUAACUAAAUUAGCAAAAUGGAAAACGGAGGCGUUCAAACUCCGUCAGUAAUUCCAUCGUCUGGUCCACCGAUGCGUGGUGGUUAUCGCGGUAGUAGAGGCGGCGGUCCAAUGAUGCGUGGUGGAUAUGAACGUGGAGGUUACCGAGGUCGUGGUAUGAUGCGUGGUGGACCAAUGGGAAUGCGUGGCGGUUUCCAUCCGGGUAUGAGAGGUCGAGGUAUAUUACGAGGCAUUCCACCAAGAGGUAUGGGCUUUCAGAGUGGGUUCCAUCAUCGUGGUGGUCCACCAAGAGGCUCAAUGAAUGGCAGAGGAAGACCGCCAAUGUAUAACAAUCAAGGUUAUCAUAAUCAACAAGGCUAUCCGCCUCCGAAUCAUAAUUCAGCUCCACCGCAGCAGUCACAAUCCUCUUCACAGGCUGAUUCAAUUUCAACGACACCGACAACCUCGUCUUCGCCAAUAACGUCUACCGCUGCGACUGUAUCACAGACGACGUCAACAACCACUCCACCGACGAACGGUGUAUCAAGUGGAACACCACAAAGUGUUAGUUCAUCUGGAAUGCCACCGUCACGAGGCACUCUAAGAGGAAGAGGUGCACCUGGAAUGAGUCGUGGUGGACGCGGCGGAAGUUACACACCAAAUAUCAAUGUGAGUGGCAAUGAUAUGCAAUCAUCCGGACCGCAACCACCGAAACCAUAUCGCGGUGGUCCACCGAGAGGCGGACGUGGAAGCUACAAUCCCGGAAUGCCUCGGCCUCCGCCAGUUAUUCAACCUGGAAUGACACAAGGUGCACCAGUGCCAGCAUUGAAAAGAGGACCACCAAUGGGCCCACCGAUGGGACCGAAACGUGGCCGAUACGAACAAGGACCACCAACUCGUCCAUAUGCGCCAAAGUAUCCGUCGUAUAGCCAGCAACAAGUUCCCACGCAUCCGCCACAGCACAACAGCUAUCAUAAUCCAUCACAGCCGCAAAGUUAUUACAAUCACCAUUCUGGCUACGAACAACCACCAGCCGAUCAAUAUGCGCAAAGCAGUUAUAGUGCUCCGCCGCCAUCAACCGGAUAUGCUUCGAAUGGAUAUUCUCAGAGUAGUUACGGCCAAGCACCGCCGCCUUCAAGCUACACUCCGAGUACCGAUUACGAUAGCAGUCAAUAUUCACAGGAUUAUAAUUCAUCGGGCUAUGCGCAACCAGACACACGUUAUCCGCAAAGUUACACCCAAGACUAUAACUCACAACAAUAUCCAAGCACGGCCGAUUACAGUCAGGCGCCACCGGACUAUUCGCAACCGGCCGCUCAAUACGACAGCCGAUCGUAUGGUUAUGACGCGAAUGCCUAUUCACAAGGUUAUGCAAAGACAGAUGCAUACCAAAGUCAUGCUGGUUAUUAUUGAAAAAAAUACAAAGAAAAUUGAAUAAACUGAAAAAAAACAUUUAAUAAAAAUCAAUGAUGCACUAAAUAAGAUAAAUAAUUGAUGGAUGACCCAAUAAAAAAGGAAAAAAAAUGCGAAAAAAACAUUAAGAAAAUGUUAACACGGAAAAUGUUUAAUAAAAAAAAAUAUUUACUAAAGUCCAUUGACUUAUAUCACAAGAAUAGAAAUGUCAUGCAACCCCGAACACCCCGAACGGAUGCUAACAAAUGAAAAACAAACCGUACGCUAAGUUGAAAGUUUAACAAGAAAGAAAAAAAUAAAAACACAAAAAACAUACUAGAGCCUCAUCAUCUGAUCGCAAACUAUAAUUAAAAGACCGACCACCGCAAAUUAUAG